ACGCAGCCCUCAAAGAGACCCCUCCAGACCCGCCACGCCGGCUCACAUCAGAGGAACGGUGCGCCGGACCGGACCUGCCCUCCCUCCCAAAUCUGGGGAUUUUAUCUGCCAAUUACACGAACCGAAUCGACACAACCACUCGAAUGGCGGGUUGUAAUUAAGUGCGCGACAGUGCCUUACAUCCAGUAACUAGCUAGCGGAUCGCCCGCUGCUUGCAGAUGCAGAGGUCUGCUUCACCUACACUUUCAUCUCUCUUCUCCUUUCCCUUUGCCGUGUCACUGGCCUCGCCGGUUUCGACCCUCUUCCGGAUGCCUGAGUUUUUAUGAGAAAAGGAGUUCCCCGGUCGAGGGUCUGAUGGGCACGCCGUCGUCGAACUUGCCGCUGUCGAUCCGAACACGCCGCUGCUAUGGAUCCGUCAGACAACGAUGGGCCUGACGGCUCGUCGAUUAGACCCGUGUCCUCACUCCUGGCCAAGUUCGAAAACUUGAACAACAAUCCUGGCGAUGCCCAACCCGGAACCUCCUCCCGAACCGCAUCCCCCGCCCCGUCUGCCUCGGUGCCAGUGCCGCCGCGGAAGCCCGGCCGGCUUCGCGAGCGAGAUGCGAGCCCCUCGUCGGCGCCACCCCCUGUUCCGGCAACCCGGCCCAAGGAUAAGUUCGGCUCAAAUCUCACCAUCGCCACGGCCGGCACGCGCAUCAGUCCUUCUACGUCACCCACUCGUUCGCUUCCACCGCCCAUUAGUCCUCGGCCAGUGCGUCCUCCGUCCGUCAUGGUCGACCCCCCUCAUUCGCCGCCGAAGAAGGGCGCUGGCGGUGUGCCCACCGGCGAUCAGCCCCUCUUCGUGACCACUGAUUCACUGGUCAAGCCCUCGACGCCAGCAACAUCGACGAAACAGUAUAAGAUCCCUGGUCGCCCGCGUUCGCCAGUCCUCGAACCUCGAAGGUCGUCACCACGCCUUACGCCGUCGCAGCCUCCGUCACCCCCUCCCCCAAGGCGGUCCGCAGAGUUGAGGCGUGAUCGGGAAACGAAGGAAGGCGGCAGGCCUGUUCCUCCCCCAAUCAACCGGUCAGAGAAACCCCUAAUAGGUGCAGCACGCUUCUCUCUGUUCGAGCAACCCCGCAACCGCAGCCCACCGAGCCAGCCUACCGAUCUUCGUAGCCGUUCCAACGACAAGAUCUCUCCCUUCAGUAGCCCGCCUCGCAGCAGCGGGAUUUCGGAUGAAGAUACACCGCCCAAGUUGCCCAAGCGUCCUGGGACGUUUUGCGAGAGAGCGCCAGGGGACUCUGCGCAACUUCACCAGUCAGGGGCGGCUAGGAGGAUGGAGAGAGAUGGUGUCAACGGGGUGGCAAGAGGAAUGCUCUCGCCGCAGGUUACCGGUGAACAACGGCCGGCGCUCCCAGCUCGGCCAGUAAGCCUCAUCAACUCAGCGCGUGCCGCAAACGCAGUUUCUUCUUUACCGCCUCGACCUCAUCGGCCAGAACUGAACACAAGUCAUCCUGAUAUUGGCACGGCUCCUGGCGCGGCACAAAAACGCAUCUCUUCGACGCCCACCCUGCAGGCACCCCCAGCGAUUCCGUCCCUCAAUGGGAGACCCACAAACCUGGGCACAGAUCGGAUACCGAGCAGGACUGCCAGUGAUUUCCGCGCCACAGCGGGCCAGCCAACUUAUGUUGAUGCUCGAUCGGUUGAGAGUCAAUCAGGAAGCCCUGCUGCACCCCUUACCACGGCCUAUCCCGACACUUCAAGGACAAACCGGAGCAAGCCAUACAUAGGCCGAGGCGCUCACGAGAUUGCAACAAAUUACGACACCCGAGUAUUUGACGUCUGCGGCGCAGUUGUCUGCACCACCGGCAUCUACACAAGGGUGUGGAGUGUGCAGGAUGGCGAGCUUCUUAUGAGCCUGGCCAUGGGCGAGGGCCUGAGGGGCACUGCCGUAGUCUUCAAACCGGGUGAAAAUGUUGAUGAAGAAGGCAAGCGAGUCUGGAUUGGAAACAACAACGGCGAAAUACUGGAGGCGGAUAUUUAUUCACAAAGCAUUACGAACAACAGGCCAAACGCCCACGGUCGGCACGAGGUCAUCAAGUUUUAUAGGCACUUCAACGAACUAUGGACGUUGGACGAGAGCGGAACAUUACAUGUCUGGGGCCCCGACCGGAACGGGGUUCCUAAUCUGUCACUAGGCCCAACGCAAUCCUACCGGGUGCCGAAAGGCCAAACCUUCUCAAUGGUCGUGGGGGAUGAGCUGUGGCAUGCGACUGGGAGAGAGAUACGGGUUUUCUUGCCAACCUUGGACGGGAGGACACAGUUCCAAGUUUUGAUACGGCCGCUGGUCCAGGAGGGCGCGGGUGAAGUCACAUCGGGCACCAUUCUCCCUUCGGACCGGGACAAGGUAUUUUUCGGUCACAGUGACGGGAAAGUGAGUAUAUACUCGAGGAAAGACUACUCGUGCCUGGAGGUCAUGAACGUCAGCCAGUACAAGAUCAGCUCGCUGGCUGGAGUAGGUCGGUACAUGUGGGCUGGGUAUAAUACAGGCAAAAUGUCGGUGUACGACAUGGGGCAGACGCCUUGGGCUUUAAGGAAGGACUGGCAAGCGCAUAAGAAUCCAGUCGUCAAGCUGGUGGCUGACCGGUCCAGCUACUACAAGCUAGACCGAUGCCAGGUGGUGUCUCUAGGCGCGGAUAACAUGCUCCGGACAUGGGAUGGGCUCCUCCAGGAGGAUUGGCUCGAAGGCGAGAUGAAACGCAAAGACACCGAGUACUGCAGCUUUGAACAGAUCAAGGCGCUUGUCCUCACGUGGAACGCUGGAGCGUCGACACCUCACAGCCUCCGCUACUCAGAAUCCGACGCAGCCUUUAUUCAGGAUCUUUUACAAAGCAGCGAUUCGCCUGAUAUCAUUGUGUUUGGAUUUCAAGAGCUUGUGGACUUGGAGGACAAGACGGCCACGGCAAAGCGCUUCUUGAAGCCCAAGAAGAAAGAGGGCUCUGACCAAGAGCGUAUGAGCCACCAGUACCGCGACUGGCGCAACUUUCUCGCGCAGAGCCUCGACGACUACAUGGCGCACGGCGGGCUCUACCACAUCCUCCACACGGCGCCGCUCGUCGGCCUCUUCACGUGCAUAUUCGUCAAGGCCGACCUCCGCGAGCGUGUCAGCAACCUGAGCAGCGCCGAGGUCAAGCGCGGCAUGGGCGGGCUGCACGGAAACAAGGGCGCCAUCGUGGUGCGCUUCAUGGUAGACGACACAUCGCUCUGCUUCAUCAACUGCCACCUGGCCGCGGGCCAGACGUCGGCCAACCAGCGGCACAACGACAUUGCCGCCAUCUUGGAGGCGCCCCUCCUGCCCCCCGAGCGCGACCCGGCCGUGAGGAUAGACAGUUACGUGGGCGGCGGCGACGGGUCCAUGAUUUUGGACCACGAGCUCUGCCUGCUCAACGGCGACCUGAACUACCGCAUCGACACCAUGAGCCGCGACACGGUGGUGGCCGCCGUCAAGGCCGGCAACCUCGCCAAGCUGCUCGAGCGCGACCAGCUGCUGGUCGCCCGGCGCCGCAAUCCGGCCUUCCGCCUCCGCGCCUUUGAGGAGAUGCCCAUCACCUUCGCGCCCACGUACAAAUAUGACGUGGGCACGGACAACUACGACACGAGCGAGAAAAGGCGCAGCCCUGCGUGGUGCGACCGCCUGCUGUACAGGUGCGGCAACGGGGCGGGCAGGAUCCGGCAGCUGGACUACAGGAGGCACGAGGUCAGAGUAUCGGACCACAGGCCCGUCAGCGGCCGGUUCAGGCUGCAGGUCAAAAGGAUCGAUCCCAAAAAAAGGGCCGUCGCGUGGAUGGAAUGCCAGCAAAGGUGGGAAGAUCUGAGGGAGCGGGAGAUGCUCGAGGGCAAGCUCUUCUACUUGACUAGGAUCAUUGGUUAUGACAAGACGGUUGCCCAGCAGCUGGUUAAUGCGCGGUCGACGAAGAAAGAUCGUACGAGUCCUAGCCCGCAUAGGAAUGAAGAGACUGGGCGGUAGACAUGGGAAAAUCGGAGUCGUAGUUGGUUUAGGGACUGGGGUUGGGUUGGCCGGCUGGUUGUUUGAUGGGACGGCGCUUCUUGAGGGCAAGAUAAAAUGUCGGGAGAUGAAUACCCCCCGGCGGCGGAGUUGGGUUUGAUAGGAAUCAUGAUGAGAUAGAAUUGAUUGAGCACAAUCGAAGAGCGAAACAUGGCUUUGCUCUGCCCGCUGCGCUUACUGGUUAUGAUGGCUAUGUUGGCUGGGCUUUGUGUUUUUGAAGGUGGGAAUUGUGAAAGUGAGCAUACCUAAUACUUUCAUGUCUUUAGCAUCUUGUAAGGCCCAUCAAUCCUCCUGUUGUAGGGUGUGUACCGUACAGUUGUGGUUGAUGAACAUCAAG